AUGUCCGACAUGAUCCCCUUUGCUGGCGAUGCGGCGGCGACAGCGCGCGGCCUGCUUGCGAUGGUGCGCUUCGCGCGAGAUCUGCACGCGGCGCCUGUGCCCGAGACAAUGGAGCCGCUUCCGCCGCUGAACGCGCGGGGCGGGCGCAGCCUGCCAACCCGCGGGUGGCGGAGCGUGUACAGCGUCGUGAUUACGGAGGACAUGUGCAAUCCGCUGGGCGGGCUGCAUGGUGGCGCGGCCGCCACGCUGAUCGACACGGUCAACUCCGCUUCGCUGGCAGUCUUGACGACGGAGAGCUUUUGGGGCCCGCCUAUGCUCACGGGCCUGACGUUGACGCUCGACCUCGCGUACUACAAUGCUUGUCCUGCUGGCACUAAGGCCAGACUGACCGUAACGAUCGAGCACCUCAGCGGCACGCUGUGUAACCUGCGCGGCGAACUGACGGACUGGGAGACUGGGAAGCGAUUCGUGACCGGCUCGCAGGUCAAGACGUGGCGCGAUCUUCGGGGCAAGCUGUAG